AUGAGGCCGCGCAACUCUAGGCGUAAUAAUCACCAAAGAUCUACUAAUGUACUACAAAAUCUAGGUGAUCUUAAAGAAUUUUACGAUCAACUACAAAAAUUUGCAGACCUUACGCAUGAAAUCUUUAGAAAAUACUCGAAUAACAGACACUGCAAUUGUUCGCCCAUGGUUAGUAUUCCACAAAAACAUAACAACAAACAUUGCUGCCAUCACAACUGUCAACAUAGACGAAAAUGUUCAACAGAGCGAAAACAUCCGCCGCAAAUACAUUACGAACGAGAAGAAAGUCGUCCGUCUGGCAGUCAGCAGAGACAUAGUUCACAACAAUAUAAUGAUCGGUCAGGUUGUAGUUGCGUAUCCAACAGAAAACAAUUGCCAAAACUAUCAAAUCAUUCUUCAAUGUGUAUGAUAUUAGAAAAUUCGGAUUAUUCAAAAUGUAAAAGAAGGUCAUUACCAGAAAAUCAAGGAACCUGUGGAGCUAACAGUUCAAUGAAUGAACACUAUAAUAAAUGUUCUCGGUACCCGGAAAGAAGUAAAAAAUGUGGUGGAUUUUUUCACGGUAAUAAUAACUGUAGUGAUUCGCAACGCGGCGAUACUCUAAAACAGAGAGAAACUAACGACAAUCUUGAGUCGUGCACUUGCGACUAUUGUCAAUGUAUGCCAGAUAUCUAUAAUGGGAAUAAUAUUUUUAUGGACAUAGGCUCUGAUGACGAAUUUGAAGAUAGUGAUUCCUUGAAUUACACAUUUAAAGCAAUACGUUUGGAACCUGUUGACAUUCUGUUACAAGAUUGUCUUGAAACUGAAAAUGGACAAUGCACAACGUCAGAUAAAAACACACAAACAUUUAUGCAAGAUGUAAAUGAGAGCACAAGAAACAAUUUACAAAAAAAACUUCUGGUCAAUUUGACAACGAUCAACCAACGUCUGAAGUCUGAACAAAAUUUUCAAACUGCAAGAAAUUCGUUCGAACCAAAUAUAUCAUCUCCAAAAGAAUCUAAAAGAGAAAAUUCUCAGUCAAAAUCGUUUUCAGAAAAAGAGCAGAUUAAGAAUAAUGAAAAUAAUGACGAUGAAAAUAAUCAAAUUUCGGAAUCGAAACCGAUUCAGGUGGGAAGUAUAGAAGAGUCUUCCAAAGUUGAAAGUAUUCAAGAUAUACACAAAGAAUCAAAAGAGUUUGAAAAAGAAUCUCCCGCCGUUGAAAACAAUCAAAUUAAAGAUAAGGAAGACCCCAGUUUCGAAACUGAGAGAACUAAUCCCUCUGCAGAUAAAAGUAAACAAAACAAUGUUGAUAAAGAAGAUGAUAAAACAAGACCAGAAGGAGGACGAAACGCAGAGUUUUUCGACAUUGAAAUUAAUCAAAUUCAAAGUAAAGAGAAGUUUGGUUAUGAGAUUAGAAGUACUCAGCGCUCUACAUAUAGAAAUGAACAAAUUGAUAAGGAUAAGGAAGAUGUUGAGACAGCAAGUGGAAGAAACGCAAACAAGCCAAGUUACGAAAGUAGAAAUGUUCGUCGUUCUGUAGAUGGAAGUAAACAAAACGAUAUUGAUAAAGAUGUUGAAACAAGAUCAAAAGGUGAAAAAAACAUAGGAGAGCUUUUUGAUAAUGAAAAUAAUGCGAUUAGAGACAAGAAAGAAUCGAGUUACGAAACUGAUAGUAGUCAUCGCUCAGCAAAUAGAAGUAAACAAAGUAAUAUGGAUAAGGAAGAAGUUGAAACAAAACCAGCAAGUGAAAGAAACACAAAGUCGACUAAGUUGUUCGACUUUGAAAAUAAUCUAAUUAAAAAUAAAGAAAAGUCAGGUUAUGAAAAUAAAAAUGCCCAUAGUCUUGUAGAUGGGAAUAAACAAAACAUUAUUGAUAAAGAAGAUGUUGAAACAAAGUCAGUGGAUGGAAGAAAAACGAAAAGGUUUUCGGAUAUUUCCAAUGUCAUUAAAAACAGUUUUAAUCAAGUUAACAAUAAGGUAAAUCCCAGGUACGUAACUGGAAGUACUCAGUGCUCUGUAGAUAUAAGUCAACAAAACAAUAUUGAUAAGGGAGAUGUUGAAACAAAACCAGCAAGUGGAAGAAACACGAACGUGUUUUCUGACUUUGAAAGUAAUCUAAUUAGAGAUAAAGAAAAGUCAGGUUAUGAAAAUAAAAAUGGCCAUAGUUUUGUAGAUGGGAAUAAACAAAACAUUACUGAUAAAGAAGAUGUUGAAACAAAAUCAGUGGAUGGAAGAAAAACAAAAAGGUUUUCUGAUAUUUCCAAUGUCAAUCAAAACAGUUUUAAUCAAGUUAAAAAUAAGGAUAAUCCCAGGUACGAAACUGGAGGUACUCAGUGCUCUAUAGAUAUAAGUCAACAAAACAAUAUGGAUAAGGGAGAUGUUGAAACAAAACCAGCAAGUGGAAGAAACACGAACGUGUUUUCUGACUUUGAAAAUAAUCUAAUAAGAGAUAAAGAAAAGUCACAUCACGAAAGUAGAAAUGCUCGUCGUUCUCUAGAUAGAAAUCAACAAAAUGAUAUUGAUAUGGAAGACUUGCAUACAAAACUAGCUGAUAGAACAAAUACGAAAAAGUUAGUUGGUGCUGUAAAUAUGCAAUUUCGAGAUAAGGAAAAGUUCAGUUACGAAACUGAAAAUAGGCAUCAUUCUGAAGACAGAAGAAAACAAGAUGAAAUUGUAAAUGAUGAUACAAAACCAAAGGAUAUCAAAAAUAAUCAAUUAGCGAAUUUUGAAUUAUCAGAAAAUGAAAUCGAAAAAACCAGGCCUUCUUUUGAAAAAAAACACAAAAUCGAUAUACAUAAAGAGACUACUCAAACUAAACCAUCUGGUACAACAAAUACAAAAGAGUCAUUCUCCAUUAAAAAUAGCAAAAUUGAGUGUUAUGAAAAACAAAAUCACAAAACUGAAAUUGUUCCUAGUAAUUCGAAUAGAAAUAUUUUAAAACUAAUGGGUGAGAAAAUUUGCAAAAUAGUGAGUGACAAAAGUCGUCGACCUGAAGAAACAGGCGCUGAUAAAAAUAUUGAAAUGACAGGUAAUGAUAAAGCAAGUAGUAGAAAAUCUACAAAAGAGCUUCCAGUCAAUAAAAAAAAUCAGAAUCAAAAUGAGAAACAGUACAAAAAGCACACUACAAAUGUUAAACAACAAAAGCCUGAUACGUCUGAUGAAGCCAAUAGACCAACUAAAAUUGAAGCAGAGAGUGAGUUGAGCUAUUCCAAUGAUGAAGAGAUUGAAAUGGUGGACAAAAUUGUGCAAACUUCAUCGUAUAGAAAUCUAACACUUGAAGAUCUUGAAAUACAAACUUCUAAUACUCUUUUGGAGGGAUUAAGGGACAUUGAAAAUAAUAAUAAAAGAGUCCCGAAAAGAAGUUCUAAUCACUCAACCACAGAGUCACAUAAUUUAAAGAAAACGAACCGCAACAAUAAAAAAUGAAAACCGAUUCGAGAAAAUAUAUACACAGAUACGAUCAGAGACUUUCUGCAACACCUGCGCUACAGUAGUACGAAAAACAACACCAACAAACCAUAACAAUGUCAGCAACAAAAAUCCUUAAGUUGGCAAUUUUUUGGCAAAUAUUUAUGGUGAAUGCCACAAAACUGAAAAUGGC